UACAACAUGGCGGCCGGGUCAUAACGCUUUCUGUCGGGGGGCCAGCGCGGAGGUCCUAGGUCGGGACCCCGCCUCAGAAGAGUGGAAGCCAGGGGGCCAUCCUUUCUGCCCCUUUCUUCUCCGUCCAGUGUCGGCAAGGGCUUGUCGUCGGCUUCCGUAUCCAGGAUGAAGAACUAUAAAGCAAUUGUCAAAAUAGGAGAGGGAACGUUUUCUGAAGUUAUGAAGAUGCAGAGCCUGAGGGACGGAAGCUACUACGCGUGCAAGCAGAUGAAGCAGCACUUUGAAAGUAUUGAGCAAGUGAACAGUCUGCGGGAGAUACAAGCACUGAGACGCCUGAAUCCACACCCUAACAUUCUUAUGUUGCAUGAAGUGGUUUUUGACAGAAAAUCUGGUUCUCUUGCACUAAUAUGUGAACUUAUGGACAUGAAUAUUUAUGAGCUAAUACGAGGGAGAAGACACCCAUUGUCAGAAAAAAAGAUUAUGCACUAUAUGUACCAGUUAUGUAAAUCCCUUGAUCAUAUGCACAGAAGUGGAAUAUUUCACAGAGAUGUAAAGCCAGAAAAUAUAUUAAUAAAGCAGGAUGUCCUGAAGUUAGGGGACUUUGGAUCCUGCCGGAGUGUCUAUUCCAAGCAGCCCUACACAGAGUACAUUUCUACCCGCUGGUACCGUGCCCCAGAGUGUCUCCUCACCGACGGCUUCUACACCUACAAAAUGGACCUGUGGAGCGCUGGCUGCGUGUUCUACGAGAUCGCCAGUCUGCAGCCCCUCUUCCCCGGAGCCAACGAGCUGGACCAGAUCUCAAAAAUCCACGACGUCAUCGGCACCCCUGCCGAGAAGACCCUCACCAAGUUCAAACAGUCGAGAGCUAUGAGUUUUGAUUUUCCUUUUAAAAAGGGAUCAGGAAUACCUCAACUGACAGCCAGUCUGUCCUCGCAAUGCCUCUCCCUCCUGCAUGCAAUGGUGGCCUAUGAUCCCGAUGAGAGAAUCACUGCCCACCAGGCCCUGCAGCAUCCGUACUUCCAAGAACAGAGGGCGGCUGAGAAACAGGCUCUGGCCAGCCUCAGGAAAGCCUUCUUUCCAGAGCACCCUGUGGCCUCGGAACUUCUCAGUAACAGUUGGCACACUUCAGAGGAGGACAGAAAGCAGAAACAGUCCCUAAAGCCAGAGGAGGACCAUCCCAAGAGACCAGGACCGGCCUACCUAAUGGAACUGCCCAGACUGAAGCUUUCGGGAGUGACCAAACUGCCCUUGUACUCCAGCCCCGCGCUGCACUCCGUGUUCAGCCCGGGGGCCGACAGGAAAGCGCCGGUGCUGAGGCACCCCAAGUGUGUUGGCGCCAACCAGAAGACGGAUGCGCAGAAGGACAGUAAGCCCAGCCUGAAGCAGUGUCGCCUGCCCACGAUCGAAAGGAAGGGCGGAGGCUACCGAGCCGCGCACGCCGGCUCCCCUGCCCGGAGCACGAGACCAGGCGCGGCCAGGCCGGGCCCUGCGGAUCGCCACCAAGCCUCGGAUGGAGGGCUCCGGGAGAGGCCUGGCGUGUCCCCCUCGCAGAGCCCCGAGACCACUGCCCCGCAGGCCAGCCAGCGCCCACCUGGCCUGGAGCCCCCAGCCUGCAGCGCCUGGCAUCCUGAGAGCACAGGUCCUGUAUGUUCCAGUUGAAUACAUUUGUAAAACCACCCCA